ACAUGGCUUGCCAAAGGUUUGCUUUCGAAACAGCCAAGCUUGUUGUAGUCUAGUGGAACCAGUGCCUUGGUCGUCUGUAACUGAUGGAAUUUUAACAUUUACAUCCCGUAGUUUUCCUUGGAUUUAUACUGGAAUAUUACUGGGGGACUAUAUUCUUAAAAGCAAUAAGAAAACAUCAAAGAUAAACCGGAUCCCUUUCUUGAUCCUGAGUUCCGAGGAAAGCUUCGGCAAUCCAGUCUGCGACAUCUGAUCUGUGCAUUCGCCAAUCGUCAUCUGCUUCCACAUCGGAUCCUAAAUUUGUUUUGCCUUAAAUUUUUAUACUUUUAAAAAACUACAAACUUGCCAAUAAAAAGAAAAACUAUGGAGAAGUUAUUACCAGGGAGGAGGCUUGUUCACAGGACGUGGGUGAUUUUAGUGCUUGAAUACCUGGUGUGCUAUGCAACGGUCAUUACAGCAACGUCAGGCAUGUUUCAGGACCAAGUCCCGAAGUUUGUAACAUCAGAAAGUUAUUACGCAGAUUUGAGAAUGUUUCCAGGCCAGAGCCUGACAGCCAUGUCCCUUUCCCUCGACGGCUCUCAGCUCUACUUGGGCGGCAAGAACAUGUUCUUCAUCAUGAACCUAACCCAGCCCUUCGGCCAGUCCUCCGCCAUCCGCAAUGUCUCCUGGGUCUCUGAAACCUCUGUUAUCGACUCCUGCGAAAUGAAGGGCAAGCAGGGAUGGCAGUGUCAGAAUUUCGUCCAGGUGGUUCUGAUGAACAACGAGACCAAUCGGUUGCUGGUCUGCGGGACCAACGCCUGGGCACCGUUGUGUCGGUACUUCUCGCCAAAUACACUGGGGAAUUACGAAGAGCUUAAUGGGGUCAAGCGAUGCCCAUUUAGUCCGGAACAGAAAAGCACAGCAAUAUUUGCAGAUGGAGCUUUGUAUAGUGCCGCUGUAACCGGCUUCACUGCAGUCGAUUCCGUCAUCAUGCGCAGCAUGCAAGGAGACGUAAUCGAGACCAAGGACGUCGACACAAAAUGGCUGAAAGUGCCGGAAUUCAUCAAGUCGUUUGAGGUUGGCGACUGGGUCGUAUUUUUCUUUCGAGAGAUAGCAGUUGAGCAUGUCAAUUCCGGAGAGGCCAUCUAUUCUCGGGUUGCCAAGGUCUGCAAGAACGACAUCGGCGGUGAUUGGGUCUUGGAGAGAAAAUUUACCACCUUCCAGAAGGCUCGCCUCAACUGCUCGUUCCCCGGCUCCUUCCCCUUCUACUUCAACUACCUCCAGGACGUGCACAUGGUGGGAGAAGGCAGUAAUAUCAUUUUCUAUGGAGUCUUCACAACAGGAGACCAUGAGAUUCCCGGCUCGGCCGUUUGCGUUUUCAGCCUGGACAAAAUUGAAGAGAUUAUCAACGAGGGCCAGUUUAAGAGGCAACAGCAGGGUACCUGGUACCCGGUCCCUGUUGACGAUGUGCCCGACCCAAGACCUGGCCUUUGUGCGGAAAAUUCCAAGGCGGUACCUCAAAACACGCUGGAAUUUAUCCUAGCACACCCACUUAUGCACCAGUCGGUACCCAACUUGGGCGGCGACAGGCCGCGCUUUGACCUGACGCGGGCCGACUUUCGCAUCAUGCAGGUAGUGGUGCACAAACAGAAGGCAGCCAAUGACAAGACCUACGAUGUGCUGUUCCUGGGCACCGAUGACGGCCGAGUUCUGAAGGUGGUCAUUUUCCAGGACACCAACGGUCAGUACCGCUCCAACCUCCUGGAGGAGAUCUUCAUCUCGCCCCGGGACCAUUCCGAGGGAGUGGUCAACAUGGAGGCCAUCCAGCAGCAGAUUGGGCAGCCGCAGGUCAUCCUGGUCAACACCAACAGUACGGUGGUGGAGCUGCCCCUACAAAGAUGCAAAAACCUCACAGAGUGUGCAUGUCAACAGGACCCUUACUGCGUAUACAACAACCUGAGCCAGAUGUGUGUACGAUUCCAUGACAACAAAUAUGAUUCAUCAGAUGUUGAAGACAUUCGCGACUGUCCAAAAGAAGAAGUACCAGUACCUCAGACAACCACCCCGGUGGAGUGUUUUUGUCCGACGGCACAGCCUUGUGUUAAAACUGGCAAGGAUUGUGACGGAGAAGACCCCGAUAAUUUGCCAACCACUAUUCACCCACCUGCUGCUGUAGCCACCUCGUCGAGCAGCCCAACGUCGCCCCGGGAGUUGAUAACCACCCCAAAGAAAGGCACGACGUUGCAAACAACCGAGGGCCAAACCACUAUCCCGCCGCGCAGUACGCCCAGGCCGCCGAUAGUCCAGAACACAGACAAUGAAGUGCACGUCAAGACCUCGCCAACGCAGAAAAUCCCCACCAAGGGCCCUAAUGCCGUCGACCCUUACUUGGGAGAAUCGGUCGGCUAUAAUAAAGGUCCCCCCUCGCCCGUCUUCUGGUCCUUCUUCGCCAUCGGCUGGCUGAUCGCCUUCAUCCUCAUGGUCUUCCUGAUCCACCUCUUCGUCACCAAGAGGUGUAAGGGUAACUAUCAGCCCACGGACACGGAAGAGUCUGUCCUCGGCUCAAGUUAUAAACCGUCCCCCAAAAUUGUCAAGACAGUCCUCCCAUCAGAGAACGGAAAGCCACCCCUUAUGACAUCGAUGCAGGAGUCACCGGUGAGAGUCACGCCAGUCAAUGGUAGCCUGCCGCAGUCCCGCACUCACUCGCUCACCCCAAGCACCGACCCUAACCUGAGGAACUCAACCAACGGAUCCUACCAGCCACCCAGGGGCUCCUUCACCUACGGCAUGGAUAACUCCUACCUGACGCCCUACCCGGGGGGCUCUCUGGAGAGGCGGCACCCGCCGACAGGUGGCGUUGAUGAGGGUUCCCCGCACCGGUUGCCCAGCGAGACGGAAAGCCGGCCCUCAGCAUCAGGAGCAUCUGAUUCAGAACAGUGCGAUGAUUCGGACAUCUGGCUCAAGAUGCCUGACGAUUCUCAAGUCUGAAACUCUGCAAAAAAGAAAAGAAAAAAAGUAACUUCCUUUUAAAACUUUUGCUUCAAACUUCGGAGUCAUCCCAGCAGUCUGUGAAAUAUAUUAAAGAUGCUGAAAGGGGCUGAAAGAGAAAAUAAAAUUGCUCGCGCGAGAACUUGAAAUUGGUGAAGGACUUCCACUGGAUGAACACCAGAGCAGAUGAAGAACGUGGCCCGAUUAGACUUCAAAGACGUUUUGAUGCUCGUUGAAAAAAGUGAAAAUGUGCAACAAGGGAUUGCAUGACAAAUUUAAAAUUAAGAAGCAAUACGGAACAUGGGAAUGAAACGUGGUGAGCAGCUGUGGAUAGUUCUCCUCGGCAUCUGUGUUUUAACUCACAGCUGCCUGUAACUAGUCUGGAGUGACUUGUAAAAAAAAUGCGGCACGGAGUACUUAAAGAGAUAAGAAACUAAUAUGUCAACUUGUCUGGGUGAAAAAGUAAAUGCCAAGCUUUCCCACCUACGAAGGAACGUCAGAUGGAGAAGUCCAUCAAAGGAAACUUGUCACGACAGGAACCCCUUCCGAAGAUGGCCGAGUGAUUGUCUGUGAAGGAUGGCCUGCCAGCUUUGCUAACGUCUGUCGACGUUUCCCGUACUGAGUGUUGUGCAUUCGAACCUUGUUGCCUUCAAACACUGCAAAGGUCGUGGCGAUUCCAGUGCGCAGACUUGUUUUUUUUUCUUUUGAAUAGCCGGCUCUCUUGACCAAACUUGUACAGUUGUGCCUCUGCUAAAACAUAUACCCAGCCAGCGUUAUGCAGCCUGUAAAUACUAGCUGGUGUGAGUAAAUACCGUUUAAAAAACAAAUAGGACUGAAACUAAGUAAAUAUUGAUGAAUUUUAAGAAAAGGUGGGGUUUUUUUUGGUGAUUGUGUUGUUGUGACUUGAUGUUUGUCAGUAGUCAGUAUUAUAGCUUUUACUCUCAAAUCUUGAACAUACUUGUGGUUUGUGUAUUUGGUGAUAGAUUUUAUGAAUUAAAAAAAAAGAAGAAAAAAAAAGAAGAGAAGUUUUAUGAUGUAAAGUACAAUCAUCUACAAACGGAUAGUGCAUAUUAAUAUUAUAGUGAUCGCAGCAGUGUAUUCAUGUACAUAGAUGUCAGAGUAAAGUAAUUGUGUGUGUGGAAUUCGUGAUUGUCUAACAGAGAAAUAAAAACAAAAAGGGAUGAUGCUUUUCAAAGGAAAUUCUGAAAAAAAGUUCCUAUGACAAAUUGGAAAGAACAUCGAAAUAAGUGACUGCAACAUAUCAUUAUGGAAAGACACAAUGUUAACAUUAGGGAAAAGGGAAAGUAAACUAGUACAAUAUAUUACUGUGCAAUUAGUAAACUUUAAACUUUUCCUUUGAAAGGCAUCAUCGAAAAAAAAUUGCUAAAAAAAAAGUAGCUGCAGUAGUUUCUUGCGCACAUGUGAUACAAACUCACACCUUAAAGUGAAACAGCAUAAAAGAUACACCACCAAGUAACGGGAAAUGAAAAUCACAAAAUUAUCACAAAGUUAAAAUAAAUGUUAAAAAAAAAUAUUAAUAUUAAUACAAUGCAUGUUCUGUAUCCGGUUUAGCAAAAUUUCAUACAUAUAUGUGUAUGGACUGCAGAACGUCAAUGUUCAACCAAGAAAAAAGUAACUACCAGUUUGCAGUUCUCAAUUUUCUAAUUGUUAGCGGAGAGCGCCCUCAAUUCAGUAGUUGGUAGUCGGUGUUCACUGGUCUACAGUUGCCUUGACGAUGAUGGUAUUUAAUACCAUUCGAAUGAUGAGGGAACAGAAAUCCCCACUGUGUGUAGCUGGUGAGUGAGCGUGUAUUCGGAAUGGACGAUACCAAAACCUAUGUGUGUACAGUUCUUAAAUUAGCUAUUUUUUUCCCUUUUUUUAAAGAUGGGCGGUUCAUCGGUAUGUGUAUAUAAGGCAAUUGGUGAGGAAUUAUUUUAUUUAUUUAAAAUUUCUGAUUUCUUGUUUUUUUAUUGCCAUUUUUUAAAACAAAUAAGUAAGAAAUUAAAGGACUCCCAUCACUUGUUAAUAGCAACAUUCCACAUCCGCUAGUACAUUUUGUCAACUAAGCAUCCUUUUUUUAGUGCAAAAAAGAGAGAUCUGAUGAAAUCUUGAGUGGCUGUGCGUCAGACAUGUCUACGGAAAAUUUGUCAUGCAUACUUUUCAUCAAACAUGCAUGUCAGUCUGAGUGCACACACUGUGUCUAUGAGAAUUUUGUAUCAUUCAACACUUCCUAUACAGAAAUCAUUAGCCUCUUGCUUUGGUUAAGUUUGGGUAAAUACUAGAGAGUUCAGUUCACCCAAAUCAAAUCGUGUGUUCACAGAAGUUCGAGCAUCGUUUUGUGCUCUCACUGUGGUUUAGAAUGCUGACAUGCAGUACAAAUCUACCACUGAAAUCAGUGGAAAUCAGUCAGAAAUGGCUUGGACGGUAUUUGGACCUAAUUUGUCUCAGAAACUUUGAUCACAUUUCCAGAAUGUGUUAAUUCACCUAUGUGUGAUACAUUGCGGUGCCUGGCAGUUGAAACCUUUGCAUCAAUUAAAAUCAUCAUCAAACUUUCUUGGAAGGAAAUUUUAAUUUAUUAAUUCCUAAAUUAAAUGAACUGCUCAUGUGCAUUAAAAGCAUCAACUUUACACAUGUCAUAUGGCUGAAUUUAAAUUCCAUAUUUAUGGCUAUAACUUAAAAGAAAUAUAUGAGCAAAUGAAAAGGAACUCCAAAAUAUUUUUUGGGAGAAAGAGCUUAAAGGAUUGAAUUUUUUAUUUACUAUUCUUUUUAUUGAACUGGUUCAGUGUGUAAAUAAGAAAAACAAUUGUCCACGUUAUGUAUAUAUUUUUUUCUACUUCUAUGCAAAGGUUCAUCUGUAAAAAUGCUUUCAAGUUGCCGCUAUGUAAAAAAAAGUGUCUCUAAAAUGUUCUUCCCCUAAAGGGAAGUUAGUAAAAUUCUUAGUUUUACAAUUGUGAGUAGGAAUUUGUCGUAUUGCGAAGAGCAUAGUGAAUUAGUACUGUUGCAAAAUAAUGGAUUCUUAUAGGUCUCUCUCAAAUGACGUCACUUCCUACAGAUUGCCACGUGCAUCAGCAGUUUGUGAGUUAAAUUGUGGUGACGCGCAUCCGCUGAACCGUAUUUCGAAGAAAUUUCGAGCAACUAGUACAUGCGCGCGUGGCUAUAACAGUUUGCACACUGAGUGCACACGCACCUAAUAGCAUUGAAUUUUCCUAUGAAGAUGGCGUCCUAUGAGAGAGAUUUGGGCCCAAUUUCACAGCGCUGCUUAAAGUUGUGUUCAGCAUAGCAGAAAAAUUUGCUAACCUUAAGCACUAUUUCACGGCGUGUGUGUGCUAACGGUCGCGCGUGCAUGGAGAGUUCUAUUGUUAUGUCACUAAGUUAAGCAAAUUUUUCCUCUGAAGUAAGCGUGUCUUUUGCUGUACUUACGCUUAUGGUCUCCAUGAAAUAGAUGGAGGCUCUUUUAGCAAAAAAUUGUGUGCUUGGUAGCACCAGGAAAUUGGGCCCUGUUGACAAUACAGACCAUUUCGGGCGUGCUAACGCGUUCAUCACGGAGACCACCUUCAAUGACGAAAGUAUUGUGCUAGCUAUUGUUCAGAUAAUCCGUCACAGGGCAGUUGCUUUGUACAAUAGCAUGCACAAUGGUUUCUCCAUUGAAGGGGGCCAUAGGAGUGGACAGUGAUCACGUGCCCCGGAUUCGUCUAUUGAUCGAUUUCAGAAUUGUAGCCGGGGAUGUGGACAAGUCCAGUCACAAGAAAAUCACAAGUCCAGUCACAAGUAACAGUGGAUGAACAAUAACAAAUGAAUUCCUCCGUCAAAGCUCAUUGGAGUAGCUUGUGAGUUGAAUUGGGACUGGAGGACUUGUGAUGGACUCUACUGCAUCCAUGCUAGGUGAUCAUAACUCUAUGAAAUCAUAGUAAAGUUAAAACACAGGAAACGGGGGUGCAACAGUUUACAAAGAACUAACUUUAAAAUACACAUCAGAAGUGAAUUACAUGAGGUUUGCAAAUGUUUGUGUUCCCUGGUAUACCGGUACGUGCAUCGACCCCCUUAUUUCAAUACAACAAAAGUGCAUGGAAACCAUUGAAAAUGUAACGCAAGUGCCAUUUACUUCAUCUGUGGUGUUACUCUUGGGCUAAAUUGUACUGCGACAUUGAGGAAAUACAUGUAGCUAUGCUGAACCAUACUCCUUCAGAUUUUAUGCAUGCACAUUUCUGCAUGCAAGGCGGUAGUUUUUAUUUUAAAAGGUUUUCACAUUUGUGAAAUGCGCUAAGGAUUAUUACCAAUUUAUCAUGUUUAUUCAGUCAAACACCACUGUGGAAAUGUAUACAAAACGCAUGAAUUUUUUCUUAAAUGUAACUGAAUUUUGCUUCUUGAUCGUCUUUUUUCCCUCUUUUUUGAAUUCGGUUGAAAUGUUAGAUCUCUUAUUUUUAUACUGAAAAGCUUGUACAGUGUUUUAGGACUUGAAAGUAUUUUUUAUUAUUUUUGACCCAUUACCUACAAAUACUGUACAAAUAUGUUGUAUAUUUAAAUAAAAAGAUAAAUCGUGUGACUUUUACUUUUCAGAACACUGCCAUAUUAAUUUUGUUUUUGAUUUUGUGCAGUUUAAGUGGAAAGUAGGCUUUGUUUUUCUUUUCAUUCUUGGUUUUGUAAUUUUGUUCGUUUUGACUUGGAUUAUCUAGGUUUUGAUUGUUUUUGUAAAAAAAAAGGUGAUAUGUUGGCUGAUUUCUAUAAAUGCAGACGUAAAUAUUUGACUUCAAACUUUAAACUGUUGGGGAAAGAAAUGGAAAUGGAUUAUCUUUCGAAAACGUAAUGAAAAGACAACUUUUAUUUCAACAUCAGUUCAUUGACAAGAGGUUAGUUAUAUCACGUUAAAUUUAAGUUGACAAGUUGUUUUCUCUGCUUGUAGAGGGCACUGUUGUCACUUAUGUGUUUUUCCCCUAAAUUUUGCAGUAACUGAAAGGUGAUUUCGUCACAGCAGGUUUUUCAGUCCUACAUGAAAGUGACCAGUGUAUGAAAUUAAGACGGAGAAAUUUCAUGUUUGUGUUUUUAUCUCAAAUAUUCCUGUUUCAUCUGGUACCUUUGGUUGGAAAUUGUGUACAUAUUAAAUCACCCAUUACACGGCCGUAGUUAUGUCAUUUGCGAGUAAAAGUAAGCUAUGUACUGUAUCAGCUGGACUCAUGAGAGUCGUACUUCUUGUGAGUAAUAUAA